CUGCAAUCAAUCCAGUUUAGUUCAGCUCAGCUCAUUUCAGUAAAUAUGAAAUGGCCCGAGCCCUAAUAUGGCAGAAUUUAGAACUAGAUAAACAUUAAAUAAAGGAAAAUCCCUAGAAUAUGCAAACAAAAAAAAAAAAAAAUUGGAGCAAAAGAUUAGAUUAAUAAGAUAGGUUUCGUCUAGUCCAAAGUCCACUCAAAUCUCCUGACCAUUCUCACACAUGCAAUGUUACAACUUUUUUCCGUACCAUAAUUUUCCCAUUUUCUCUCUCCUCUCUUUCACUCAUUUUCUUCUUCUUCACUUUCUCUCUCUUCCCAAUCUCUCACAUUACAUGCUAUGAUCCCUACUUCGACACGUCCUUCUCUCUUUUUUUUCAUUUUUUGUUAUGAUUCUGAUAAUUAAAUAAAAUCCCAAUUUCCCCCAUUUUUCAGUUUUAUAAAUUUCACAACUUUUAAUGUGACCAAAUUCCUGCAAAAUUCUCUGUUUUUUUUUUUUCAUUUUUUUGACUACCCUUUUGUUAAAUUUGUUUCCUUUUUAAAGUAUAUAUUGCAAUAAUAAUAAUCUGAUUACAUUCUUUAUUCUGGGUGUCAGAUCAAGUAAUCUAUUUCAUUAAAAGAAGAAGGAAUUAUUAUGUUUGGAUAAGAUCACAUAUUGUUUGCAAGUUGAGCUGUCAAAAACCGACCCAACACGAAAAUCGACUGCCGUGUAGUGUACAGACGUUGAUUUGGCAAUUUGACGGAUCAUAUUGCCAACUUGAGGAGGAGGGUUUAGUAAGAAAUUGUGGGUUAGUGGAGAAUUUUUGGGGUUUACCAAAGUUCUCUGAUGUUGAAGUUGAUGAAUGUGUUGGAAAUUUCAGUAUUUGGGGUUUCUUCAAUUUUAGUUUUUGAGUGAUGGGGUGUGUUUAUUCAAGAUCUUGUAUAGGCCAGGUGUGUAUUCCUAGGGAAGCGCGAAUUAAGCAGGUAAAAAAUGUGAGGGGUUCAGAGAUUGGUGUGUAUUCUCCUGCUCAUUCUGAAGGGGAGGAUGAUCAAAUUCAGGAAUUGAACCAAUUGAGCUUUAGUAGGGAUACUGAAGCUGGUAUUAAGAGGCUUUCUAGAGUAUCUGCUCAGUUUUUACCGCCUGAUGGAGGAAAGACGGUCAAGGUUCCGUCUGAAAAUUAUGAGUUGAGGUACUCAUUUUUAUCUCAGAGGGGUUAUUAUCCUGAUGCUCUUGAUAAGGCUAACCAGGAUAGCUUCUGCAUACAUACACCGUUUGGUACAGAUCCGAAUGAUCAUUUUUUUGGUGUGUUUGAUGGGCAUGGAGAAUUUGGGGCUGAAUGCUCGCAGUUUGUAAAGCGCAAGUUGUGUGAAAAUUUGUUGAGGAGUAGCCGAUUCCACGUUGAUCCUGUUGAAGCAUGUCAUGCUGCUUUCUUAACAACUAAUUCACAGUUGCAUGCUGAUAGUAUAGAUGAUAGCAUGAGUGGUACCACUGCUAUUACAGUAUUGGUUAGGGGUAGGACUAUAUAUGUGGCCAAUGCAGGUGAUUCAAGAGCUGUUGUAGCUCAGAGGAGAGGAAAGGAUUUAGUGGCUGUUGACCUUUCGAUUGAUCAAACUCCAUUCCGUAAUGAUGAGCUUGAGCGAGUUAAGCUUAGUGGAGCAAGAGUUCUUACCCUUGAUCAGAUUGAAGGGUUGAAGAAUCCAGAUGUACAGUCUUGGGGCACUGAAGAGGAUGAUGAUGGUGAUCCUCCUAGAUUAUGGGUGCAGAAUGGAAUGUAUCCUGGUACUGCUUUCACUAGAAGUCUUGGUGAUUCAAUUGCUGAAACAAUUGGAGUGGUUGCCAAUCCGGAGAUAGUUGUCAUGGAGCUUUCACCAGAUUAUCCCUUUUUUGUCCUUGCUAGUGAUGGUGUCUUCGAAUUUCUUUCAAGUCAAACUGUGGUUGAUAUGGUAGCACUACAUAAAGACCCUCGUGAUGCUUGUGCCGCAAUUGUUGCUGAAUCAUACCGCCUUUGGUUGCAAUUUGAAACUCGUACUGAUGAUAUAACUAUAAUAGUAGUUCAUGUUAAUGGGCUUAAUGAUGUUUUUGGGGGUUCUGCAAGUCCUGGUUUCACUAUGAAUUCCUCUGCUCCUCAAGUGUUGGAGUUAACUGGAUCCGAGUCCCCUGCAACUGUUAGCUGGAAUUCUAGGAAUCAACGCGUAAGGCAUGAUGUAUCUCGAGCUCGUCUUCGUGCCAUUGAAAGUUCCUUGGAGAAUGGAAAUGUUUGGGUGCCUUCGUCUCCAUCCCACAGGAAGACUUGGGAAGAAGAGGCACAUAUUGAGCGGGCAUUACAUGAUCAUUUCCUCUUCAGAAAGCUUACUGAUUCUCAGUGCCAGGUCUUGUUGGAUUGCAUGCAAAGAGUUGAGGUUCAGGCUGGGGAAAUCGUUGUCCAGCAGGGUGGUGAAGGUGAUUGCUUUUUUGUUGUUGGAAGUGGAGAGUUUGAAGUUUUCGCAACACAAGAGGAGAAACACGGUGAGGUACCAAGAGUUUUGCAGCGCUAUACAGCUGAAAAGUUAUCAUGCUUUGGGGAGCUGGCAUUAAUGAAUAAUAAACCACUACAGGCCUCUGUGCGUUGUGUGACUAGUGGAACUCUGUGGACUCUGAAAAGAGAAGAUUUUAGAGGAAUUCUCAUGUCAGAGUUUUCGAAUCUGUCAUCUUUGAAACUUCUACGAUCAGUGGAUCUUCUUUCAAGAUUAACAAUCCUACAACUUAGUCAGAUUGCAAGUUCUCUGUCAGAAGAAUCUUUUUCUGAUGGGCAGUCAAUAGUUGAACAGCAUGAUUGUGUAUCUGCAUUGUACAUAAUCCAGAAGGGAAGAGUAAGGAUAGAAUUUGAUGUUGACGUUUUGACAAGUCCGAAUGUCUGCAGCCUGAAGUGUGAUUGUUCAAUCCAAAGUGAUUUGAAACACGGUAACAGGAGAAUGUUGGUAGAGAAAUCCGAGGGAAGUUAUUUUGGGGAGUGGGCACUUUUUGGUGAGCAAAUUAGUCAAUUAGCAGUAUGUGCUGUUGGCGAUGUCGUCUGUUCUGUUUUAACAAAAGACCAGUUCGAUUUAGUUGCUGGUCCACUGACAAAAAUUUCACUGGGUGAUCAAAAGUCAAAGGAGAUUCCUGUGGUCUUAGGCGAGGAAUAUGAAAGAAAUGCUCGACCAUUGGUCCCAAAUAGAGUUCAGCUCUCUGAUUUGGAAUGGAGAAGGUGCUUGUAUUCAACUGACUGCAGUGAGAUUGGACUUGUACUUCUGAAAGAUUCAGAAAAUUUCCUUAGCUUGAAAAGGUUUUUGAAGCAGAAGGUUAAAAGGCUUGGAAAGGAAGAUCAGGUUCUAAAGGAGAAGAACCUGAUGAAAAGUUUAAGUGAUUCAGUAUGUGUACCACAUGUUAUAGGCACCUGUGCUGAUGAAACACAUGUUGGAAUACUACUGGAUACAUGCUUGGCUUGUCCUUUGGCUUCAAUUUUAAAUAAACCACUUGAUGAAUCAUCCGCACGGUUCUGUGCUGCCUCUGUUGCAAUAGCAUUGGAAGAGCUCCACAAGAAGGGUAUCCUAUUCAGAGGAGUUUCUCCUGAAGUACUGAUGUGCGAUCAAGCUGGACGCCUACAGUUAGUAGAUUUCAGAUUUGGGAAGCAGCUAUCUGGCGAAAGGACAAACACAAUCUGUGGAAUGGCAGAUUCUCUAUCUCCGGAGAUAGUACUGGGAAAAGGCCAUGGUUUCCCUGCUGACUGGUGGGGUUUGGGAGUUUUGAUCUAUUUUAUGCUGCAAGGGGAAAUGCCUUUUGGAUCAUGGAGAGAGAAUGAGCUUGAUACAGUUGCGAGGAUUGCAAAAGGGCAUUUUAAUUUCUCUCAGUCUUGCAGUUCUGAAGCCAUCGAUCUUAUAACCAAGCUACUUGAAGUUGAUGAAACUAAGAGACUUGGAAACAAUGGAUCCGAUUCUGUCAAAAAUCAUCAAUGGUUUGAAGGAGUUGAUUGGGAAGGGCUAGUAAAUCGUACUGUCCCCGUCCCUCAUGAAAUUGUUUCUCGUAUAAGUCACCAUUUAGAGAGCUACGUUUGUGAUACUUCCCCGCCACCAUCUUCUCCCCGCCGGAAUUUUGAAGAACUCAACACACCGGAGUGGCUUGAAGAUUGGUAACCAAUGCUCUACUCAAGGUGUGAACUUCACUCUAUAUUGUUGUUUGGAUGAUCGUAUAGUAAAAUUGCUAGGGGGAAGCUGCACUGAUUCCACUGACUAAGGUCCAAAAUCUUAUCAUUUCUUUCCCCCUUCCUUUUUUGUUCAGUACAAGAGGAAUGAUAGUGCCGAAAUCAUCCUCUUUUUUUGGAUUUACCUUAGUACCUUAAAGCAGAGCUAGAUGCCUGUAAAUAAGUAUAGUUUGUAAAGGAAUGAGUUUUCACUUUCUCACGAAUUCCUUUAGAGGUGAAUUUAGCCUCCCACAGUAAUUCAAUGGUGGAUGUAGGUAGAUUUACUCGAUCCCUUAAAAAAAGGGGGUAAAUUUACUCGGAUCCCUUCCAAAAAAAAAAAAAUGGUUAGAUUUACUCAGAUUUAUUUUUGUUUUGACAGUCCAUUGAAAUUGAAGGGAUGUGUAAUUAUGUAUAUGUUUCUACCAAGUUGUGCCUUUCCUGCUGCUUGAUUUAGACUGAAGUACCAUGUUAAAAUUUCUCAUCUUUGUGUUCUUGGAGCAAA